UUUUCUUUUCUUGACUUUUAUUAAUUUUCUCUCUAUCAUAUUAGAGUGUUGAUAGACCACGUCGGUAUUUAACGUUCUAACGUCAGGCCAGUCUAACUGUUGUGAAUAUGAUUUUCCCUAAAACUCCCUUCUAUGGGAAUGCUGGUGUAUGUGAAGUAAUACAGUAGCUGUGCACUCAGAUGUACUUUUGUACAAGGCAAUAGAAGAGCAGCUGACAUGACAGCAAUCUAAUUGUUUGUGUAGAUGGUGAAUUGAGUUGUGGGUGUGGCAGUCUUGUGUUUGUGAUGUUUGAGUGCAAGUGAUCAUAUUACAAUUUAUCCAUAAAUAUGUUAGGAAGGAGAUCUCUGGCAAAAGUUACACACACAAAGUGUCAAUGAAACAUGUAAAUCUGAUGUCUGAUGAUUAAUACGUUUGGGGUGGUUCUGGUCGUAUUGACAGAAACUGGUUGUGACUUGAUCGUCGAUGCAUAAUGAUGUUUGACUGCAAGUAUCAUUUCCUGUUAUCAGAGUAGAUUCUGGCUUUGAGAACUUAUAUGGGUAAAGGUCAAACCAUGGAUUCUACAUAGACGUACGUCACUGACUGGCAAAUCUUUUCGAUAUUUGGUCUCACUUCUAUUUGACUGUUUUGCUGUAAUUUGAAGUCUAGAACAAGGCGGGAAAUGAGAAAGGGGGAGGGACUGGAUAUGAAAACAUAUUGAGGUCAUCAUUUGUAGAUGAUUUUGGAAACAUACGAUUACGUGGAAAUUCAGACUAGACUGUACCCACCCCGGAUGUGAGGGUGUGUGAGGAGGAGUAUAUAAGAGCAAGCUCACCAGCUUACUUCAUCAGUAUCGAGGAUAUCGGUCAUCAUCAUGUUUUCAUUUUUUGUGACAGUUCUUGUGCUCAUUCAAGUCAUUGCUACUUCUGUUGGUCAGAGCGUGUCAGAUGAGAGAAAUCAGCAGACAUGUGUGCCUGCUGGCGUUCCAGGAGUUCCUGGAUCACCUGGGUUGCACGGAUCGCCCGGACGAGAUGGAAUGAAAGGAGAAAAAGGAUUGAAAGGAGAGAGAGGAUUAGUUGGAGAUGUCGGCAGUAAAGGUAAUGCUGGGAAGAUAGGUCCACAAGGAAUAAAAGGAGAAGAAGGUGGAAAAGGAGAGAAAGGAAUAAAGGGAGAGAGAGGAUUAGUUGGAGAUGUCGGUGGUGAAGGUAAAGCUGGAGAAAGAGGUCCACAAGGUCCACGAGGGAUAGAAGGAGUAACAGGAAGGAAAGGAGAGAAAGGAGAAGCUAUGACACUCAACUGGAAACAGUGUGUGUGGAAUAGAUUGGAUGGGAAGAACAGCGGUCUGAUUCAGAACUGUAAUUUUAGGAAACAUGACAGCAAUUCAGCUCUACAUGUUGCAUAUGCAGGAAAUCUCAUGGUUCGCUGCACCAGUGGUGAUUGCUGUUCUCGAUGGUAUUUUACAUUCAACGGUAACGAGUGCAGUGGACCUAUGACUAUUGAGGGACUUGUGUAUAGUAGACUAUAUGAUGAUCCUCACCGCCACAGACAGAUUGAGGGAUACUGUGAGAACAUUCGAGCAGGUCAAGUCACAAUUGGAGUCAACAUUGGAAACUGUAACAAAUGGACAUCAAGAACGUAUAAUGGCUAUACAGGAUGGGCAUCAGUAUCUCGCAUUAUGAUUGCAGAAGUUCCUCCAUCACAAAAGUGACUGAAUUAGAGAGAAAUUAGAACUUGUGUUCAGUAUAGUUUGCAGUACGUACAGUACGAGGUAGCUGAAGUAGGAGGCUGGAUGGUGUGUGUGCAUGUCUCUCUUUGCUGUAUGUGAGUGUUUGUAUGAUUAAUUCAACGUGUAGCUGCAACUAACAAUCGAUAUCGUCCGUCAAAGUUACAGAACAAACG